AUGGCAGUGGCACCGGGUCAGCCUGACGUAGGUGGUGAACUGGUGAUCACCAGCUUGGGCUCCCACCCAGACUCCAUGGGGGCAAGGUCCACGAGGUUGCCCCCGUCGACGGACGAUGCCGUGCUGGUGGCCGCUGUUGGCAUAGGCCCAACUCAUGGCAUACUUUUGACUAGCGUUUCCCGAUGCCUAAUAGGCUGUGAAGAUGCUAUGAUGAAAAGCGUCCGAUUCGAAAUAGAAAAAGCAAUCAGCCCCCAGCUCACCCAUCUCGCCGGGGAGGCACACGAACACCGGCAGCCCCCGCACGCUCCAGUUCGAGCAAGAUGGACGGCGGCGGAGACACUACCGCACCAGCUGCUUGUGUGCGGUGUACCCAACACCGUCGGAGUUGCUAGGCUAGCUAGCCAUGGCCAUGCACUACUGCUGCUCGUUGCGGUCGGAGCUGCCACUUGCCAGGCCAAGUUGCGUAGCGGCCGUACUGGCUCACUACACGCUGCCGCAAACCGCGUCGCACCUGCUCGCCUUGUCCGUGCCGUGCUGACGCGCCGCCAAUGGCCGCCAAUCGCUGGUCGCCGCAUGUACCCCGCAGGCUUCGUCCACUGUGUCGGGCGGACCUCUCCCCCUGCGAUGACCUUGCCGACCUCGCCGGUGCCGCCAGCGUUUCCCGCCUCUGGUGCAGGUUCGGACCACCUCCCCCUCUUUCUCGCACGCGCUCCCUGGUGGCUUCCUCGCCCCGCAAGUCUUGCCGCCUGCGUGUGCCGAUCUCACGGCGUGUGCCCGCUGGCCGCCAGGUGGGGAAAUCAGUCGAUAAGAGAGAGGGAAGGGGAAAAAGCUGGAGGUACUCACGCAGCCGGCGACGACGUCAGAUGGCAGGAGGAUGGAAGGUUGGACAAGGCAAAGUUUCAUGUCAUUGGGGCAAUCUUAUUUACGGCCCAGCAAGGUGUUCUGCAUCCAACAGCUGUUGUGAAGACUAGAAUGCAGGUUGCUGAAGGAGGACUUUCACAUAUGUCUGGCUUUGUCGUUUUUAGAAAGAUAUUGAGGAGUGAUGGCAUCCCUGGUGUUUUCAGAGGAUUUGGCACCAGUGCAGUUGGAGCUCUGCUCGCCGUCUACUGGGUGAACCGGGGCCUCUGCCACUUCCGCCACAAGGACUGGGCCAGGGGACACUAUUUGCUAGGAUGCGCGCUGCUCUUGAAGGGGGACUGCGCUCUCACCAUCAAGGAAUUCGACAAGAUCAAUCCUACUGCAUAUGUAUUUAGCAUUGGGGUUCAAUUCGGCAAAACUUUAACAAUCACGUUGGUGCCUUACAUUCAAGAUACUGGUUUUUCUAACACUGUUGUAACAUGA